AAGAGUUUAGAAAUUAUGUCAACUAAAAAUAAUAUUGAUGUGAGACCUUUUAAGAAGCUGAAAAUAAACAAUAUUGAUGUAGAAGCCCUGAUUGAUACCGGAAGCGAUGCUAAUUUAAUAAUUAUGUCUUAUUUUAGGAAGAUUCAAGGUGAAAAAUUGUUAUCUUAUAGUUCAGGAACCACAGAAACUUUAACUGGAAUAGCUGAAAAGGAAAUUUAUACAAAAGGAUCUUUCACAGCAAAAAUUGAAAUUGAUGAUUGUUAUUUUGAAACUUUAUUUUAUGUUGUUGAUGAUGGCGCUAUCCCUGUCAACAUCAUAUUAGGAAAUCCUGUACUGAAAGAAGUAGAAAUCAAUUUUAAAUCUGGAACUAUCACUGCAACAAGAAUAUUACACCUUACAAUGCUAGAGAAUGAAAAUGAAGAUAUCACAAAUAUUGAAAACAAAGAAUAUAAGAAUAAAAUACAGAAUAUUAUAAAAGAAUAUAACCCCAAAAGAUGUACUAAAGAAUCAAAUGUAAAACUUAAAAUAUUAUUAACCGAUGAUGUACCAGUUUAUCAGAAUCCACGACGAUUGUCACCUUUGGAGCUUAACAUUGUUGACAAACAGAUUAAAGAAUGGCUUGAUGAAGGAAUAAUAAAAACAAGAAAUUGAAUAAGAAGAUUAUUAAAGAAAGAUAUCCACUACCACUCAUUGAAGAUCAAUUAGACAGAUUAACUUAUGCAAAAAUGUUUACCUCGCUUGAUUUAAAAAAAGGAUUUCUACAUGUAAUAGAUAAAGGUGAUUUACCAUUGUCUACUUACCAUAUUGAUCAUCUACGACUGUUGACUCAUCUGGGACAGAUGAUUCUGCAGGAUGACCGUGUGGGAAUAGGAUAAAAUAUUAAGAUGUAUUUCAUGA